UGUCACCAGGCAGUCAUGGACUCCUUGUGCAGCAGCUGGCUCCCCACGCAGACCCUGAUGCUUCCCAUCAGCCUCAUUCUCGCUAUGCCUUCACCAGAUUCGCAGACAAUCAAAGACCCCAGCUCUUCCUGCACGUUGAAAAGGAUUGUGGGGGGAUCUGUCCAGCUGCGACUGAACUCCUCUUUGGGUCCUAACAUCCGAGAGAUUGAGUGGAAUUGGGAUUCUGAGGAUGAUGAGAAACCACGGCUUUUGGUGUCCUGGAAGCCUAUUACUACUAAUCCUGAUUGGUAUGAACUUGAAGAAAAAUACAAGCACAGAUUCAACCUGACAGAGAUGGCUUUCUUGAUCAUCAGGAAUCUCACUAUGGAAAUGAGUGGACUAUACACAGCAAAAAUCAAAUUCCGCUCAGGAAAAUCCCAGGAGGAAGUCUUUAGACUCUGUUUAUAUGAGCCCAUCCUCCACCCCCAUAUUCGGGUUCACUCAUCAUCUAACUCAUCAGGCUGGUGCAACAUCAGUCUAGAGUGUGAGACCCCAGGAAACACAGGGAACCUGACAGUGACCUGGCGGAGCCAGGGCCUCCCCCAGGAACUGGAGCAGAGAGGGACACUGGGGCCAGCCCCCGGCUCCUGGAACCUCAGCCUGAGCCUGCCCCUCAGCCACUUCAACGGCCGCCUCACCUGCGUGGUCAGCAACCCUGCGGAUGAGAAGAGCGCAACCUUACACCUGAAGCACAUCUGUCCAUGGAGGGGUGGGUCCACUCUCCUGCCGGUGGUGCCAGGCUCAGCAGCUGCUCCCGAGGCCCCCCCCACAGAGGCAGCUGCGAACCUUCAGACUGGUGUGGCCAACAGCCAUGACUCUCCCUAUGAAGACAUCAGCUUCCUGAGACACCCUAAGAAAGACAGGGAGAAGGGCAGCUGCCAUUCACUUAACCUCGAGUGUACUUCAGCCAUCCACACUGUCUACGACAAGGUCCGGACGAGUCCAGAGCUCCAGGGGGACGCCUAGACCACAAUGACACUGGAGCAUGGAGGGACCUUGGCAAGAUCUGCCCCACCCCAUCCUUUACCCCUGGGUCCCCAAAGAUCCUUCCUACAGAUGGAGCUGGGGCUGGAGCCUAGGUCUUCCUGACCAGUCUCACCGAGACAGCAGGGCAGCACGAGCUGCUCCUCUGAGUUCCCACCAAAAUUUUCUCACAUCGAAGGUGGUGGGUGGUGACUCUGCCACUCAAAUAACCAAAUAUGAGAAGCAAACCCUUCAGCCUUCAGCCACCCUUCUGACCUGUGAGCCACUUAACCCCAUUAGGGAACACUUGUGGUCAGGCAGGACCUGCACAGGGGUGGUUGGGGGAAGAGAUGAUUUACAGGAGCAGAAAGGGUCCUGGGAGCCCUGAGAAGGAUGGGCCUUUGGUGGAGAACCUUCAGGAUUUCACAGCGCAGCUCACUAACCGUGAGUAGAGAGAAGAAUGGCCCUACUGUGGGAAAAAAAAAAAGUCCUGCAGAUACGAGAUUCAGGGCCAGUUGCGUUGUAGAGGAGAAGUGGUGGAAACGGAGGGAAACCUUUUUUUGAGCUGUGGCACCUACUAGGCUUAAUUCUAAGCACAGGAAAUGUACUAUCUAGGUUCUCAAAAUUCAAGUAAUUCACAGGCUUUUUUAUUUUUAUUAAAUAAUAACAUGCAUUCAGUACAAAAGUCAAAAGGCAUGUAUUGAAAUGAUAAUGUUUCAUUUUGUUGCUAUUAAAAUAGGGUCUUGUUUCCAGUGACUAUUCUAACUCAUUGAUUAAAAUGACAAAUACAAAAUGUAUAUUGAGCCAUGUGACUAAAUUUCUCUACCGUUUGUAACAGGUUUUCAUUUGAUCUUUUUGAAUUUGGGGGUAAAUAAAAACAUUAACAAGUGAUUAUAAUUUUUGCUUCCUUCUUUCUAAUUUUUAUGCUUCAUUCCUUUUCCUUGUCUAAUUGAGUUGGCUAAUACUUCCAAGACCAUGUUAAAUAAUAAUGAUGGUAAAGAAUACCCUUGUAUUUUUCCUAACUUUAGUAUAAGUUCCCCUAGUAUU